ACAACUGCAGUAUCCUAUUGUUAGCAAAUUUCAGCAUUGAUCUCUUCUCUUCUCUUCUCUUCUAUUCUAUUGUCAUUUUCUCUCAUUCUCUCACAAUACCCUUUUGGUCUUUUUUCUUGUUUAGAAACCUUGCACUUUUUAUUCACCAUUUCAUACAUUUUCACUUCAAAAAACUCUUCAUUUUUUGAAGAAAAUUUAUGAUGAGUUUGAAAACAAGUAACAAGAAAAUGGGAAGAGGUUUCAUGUGCCAUUCUCAAUCAUCAACAGCAGUGUGUAUGAGUACACGUGAAUCUCAUGUUAUUGUACCUAAGAGGAUUGAAAAGAGUGUUUUUCAACAUGAUGAUACAAGACUCAUUAAUUUUGCUAAGUACUCAAAACUUGUUGAGUCUCCUAUGUCAAAUCCUGUUCCUAAGAUCGUUGUUAGAGAUAACUCGGUGAAGAAUCAAAAGUAUCAAGCUAUUGAACCAAGAGAACUUCAGAAAACACCAACAGAUAAUGUUUUUCAGGUGGUUGUGAUGCGGGUUGCUAUUCAUUGUCAAGGAUGUGCUGGCAAAGUCAAAAAACAUAUCUCUAAGAUGGAAGGAGUUACAUCAUUUACUAUUGAUGUUGAUUCUAAGAGGGUGACAGUGAUGGGGCACAUUUCUCCAAUGGAAGUUCUUGAGAGCAUUUCAAAGGUGAAAAAGGCAGAAUUGUGGACUACUACACCAUCUUGUUAAAUUACCAAUUCAGAGUAACCAUAAAAGGAAUCAUAGGAGAUGCAUGCAUAGCUAGAGUGUCAAUAAAGUUUGAAUUUUUCCUUUACCAUUUUGUUACCUUUUGUGGUCCUUAAUAGUUGUUGGGUAUACAUACCUACUCUAUUGACUUGGUUUUUUAUGGUACUAAUGUUUAAUGAUAUUUCAUUCCUUGUGACA